UCUCUCCCUCAGGUGCUCGACUGCUUCCACACGUUCUGUCAGCCGUGCCUCGAGAAAGUGCAAGUCGUCGCCGACAAGAUCACGUGUCCCGAGUGUCACGCCGUCACGACGCUCACCUCUCACGGUGUUUACGCUCUCAUGUCCGACAUCGCUGUCAGCAGCAUCCUCGAGUCACACGCCGUCGAAGCCAACACCAACCUCGGCUGCACGGGCUGCAAGAGCAAGGAGUCGAACGCCGUCGCGCGCUGCUUCGACUGCGCAAACUUUCUCUGUCCGAACUGCGUCAUGGCGCAUCAGUUCAUGCACUGCUUCGAGGGUCACCGCGUGAUGACGCUCGGUGAGCUGCAGAGCGGGCGCGACGGCGGCGGCGUCGGCGGUGACCCACGCGCCGAGAAGCCUGUCGCGUGUCCGCGACACAAGCACGACGCGCUCGCGUUCUUCUGCCGGACGUGCGAUGUGCCGAUAUGCGGGGAGUGUGCGUCGCUCGACCACUCCAAGGCGGCGCUUCACGACUACGAACCGCUGGCCGCCGUCGAAUCUCCGCUAGUCAUCGACGUGACGCAGAUCGUCGACGACGGCAAGAUGAAGACUAAGGAGCUGAAGAUGGCGCUGAAGACGGUCGAGCACACGGGCAACCGCCUGCAGAUCCAGUACACGAAGGCUCAGACGGAGAUCGCCGACACAUACAACUUCUACCGGUCGAUGAUAGAGGAACGCAAGCAGGAGACGCUCAAGGAACUGGAGGCGGUCUACACGGCGAAGAACCAGUCGUUGACGGCGGUGACGGCGCGCAUCGAGGAAACAAUCGCUCGGCUACACAACGGCUGCGACUUCAUCGAGCGUCUGCUCAAGCACGCCAGCAAAACGGAGGUGCUGCUCUACAAGAAGGGUCUGGAGGCGCGUCUGCAUGGCGCGCUCGACUACAUGCCAGACGUCAGCAACCAGAACACCUACGACUUUGAGUUCGUCUCCAACUACCAGGCGAUUCAGAUCGGCGUGCGCAACACGUACGGAUACAUCCGUCAGAGCACCGACUUCACGCCCCCCACUAACCCAGUGCGGCAGGCCCCGAUCGCGCGCCCCUCCGCGCACGCGCUCAACGGGAUGGGCGGUGGCGGCGGCGGUCCGAACAGCCUCGUUAACGGCAUCAGCAGCAUCCCGAACGGACUAACGAUGUCGAGCGGCGUGAUGAACGGCCACGCGCGCGGCGUCAACGGACACGUCGUCGUGGCGACGGUGAACGGUCACGGCGGUGGGCACCACCACAUGAACAACAUGUUGUUCGAACCUCCCGCGACGCUCCUCAGCAAGCGCUUCAGCAGCAGCAACGGCUCGCUGAGCUCCUACCCCGCGGCUAACGACCUGUACGAGAAGUGGUCGUCCGGAGGCAUGGACAUCUUUGCGGCGGCCCCCGACCCGUUCCCCCAGCAGCAGCAGGGCGGCAUGCCUCCGCCGCCGGUGUCACAGCAUCAGCAGCAGCAGCAUCAUCACCACGAUGCCGUCGGUCUCGAGCUCGCCUCGAAGCUGAUCACGACGAACAUCUUUCCGCCAAAGUGCCAGAUCCGCCGGCAGAAGAUGAUCUACCACUGCAAGUUCGGUGAGUUCGGCGUCAUGGAAGGACAGUUCACGGAACCGAGCGGCGUCGCGGUGAACGCGCAGAACGACAUAAUCGUCGCCGACACGAACAACCACCGCAUUCAGAUCUUCGACCGCGAGGGCCGCUUCAAGUUCCAGUUUGGCGAGUGCGGGAAGCGAGACGGGCAGCUGCUCUAUCCUAACCGCGUCGCCGUCAUCCGCACAUCCGGGGACAUCAUCGUCACCGAGCGAAGCCCCACGCAUCAGAUCCAGAUCUACAACCAGUACGGGCAGUUCGUGCGCAAGUUCGGCGCGAACAUCCUGCAGCAUCCGCGCGGCGUAACCGUUGACAACAAGGGUCGCAUCGUCGUCGUCGAGUGCAAGGUGAUGCGAGUGAUCAUCUUCAGCCAGUGCGGGGAGGUGCUGCAGAAGUUCGGAUGCUCGAAACACCUCGAGUUUCCGAACGGCGUCGUCGUCAACGACAAGCAGGAGAUUUUCAUCAGCGACAACCGCGCGCACUGCGUGAAGGUGUUCAGCUACGAGGGAGUCUACCUGCGACAGAUCGGCGGCGAGGGGGUGACCAAUUACCCGAUCGGCGUCGGCGUCAACCACGUUGGAGAGAUUCUGAUCGCCGACAACCACAACAACUUCAACAUCACCAUCUUCAAGCAGGACGGACAGCUGGUGAACGCGCUGGAGAGCAAGGUGAAGCAUGCGCAGUGCUUCGACGUCGCGCUGAUGGACGACGGCUCGGUGGUACUCGCGAGUAAGGACUACCGCCUCUACAUCUACCGCUACAUCCAGGUGCCUAGCAUCGGGCUGUGAGUGAGUCACGCGUGCGAGCGUGCGCGGACGUCCCUUAUUUUCGAAGACCCCCCCCCCCGAUUGAUUCUUCAGUGCGUACACUGUUUGAAACCUCCCUGUCUCCUCUCCCCCGCGCGCGCGACCGUGAGAGAGAGAGACUCGCACUUAUUUAGGAGUGGGUGUGGGUUUUGGUCGGCGCGUGCGCGCGGGGGGAUGGAGUGUUUGGGAGUGGCUGCACGUUUAGCAGUCUUUGACACUGUGUUUUUUGUUGUUGCCGCGAAGUUUAGAUGCCGGUCCCUCGGACGAUCGCUUCAGUACGGCCCGGAAAAAGGGAAAAAAAAACUAAAAACUAAAACAGCAGGGUUAAUUGAAAGCUUUUGAUAAGUUUUUAUAAUUUUCUCUCAAAUGAGUCUCGUUACGGAAAGGUAAUUAUGCAGUGUUUGUUGACCUUAAUUUGUGCUGUUGCUGUUAAGAUGCUGGUAUCAUAUCUCAUAAUCGUGUAUUAAAGUGUUAGGUUAUGGCUCUGGCACAACCAACCGCUCGCCACGUGCGGGGAGCGCAGAGCGCGCGCAACCGUGCGGCAGGGGGCGCCGCCGCUGCUGCUGCUGCUACUGUGCUGCCUCACGUACCGCCUUUCCUUGGCCUUCGGUUGGUCUGCAGCAGGUGCAAUAGAUGUUUAAUUUAUCCAGUAGGUAGCCCAGUGUUUCAUGUUAACUGAUCAAGAUCCGUCGUAUAUUUUAUUAUGGAGCUUUUUUGCGGUAUAAUUUUGUAUCCCUUUGAUAAGAAUGCAGUGUUAGGCCGGCGGGCGGCGGCUCAUGCUGCGCGUAUCCAGGAUGAAUAUUUAUCUCUGUGUAUAUUUAAUGUGGCGGGAGUCGAGGUGUUGUUUGUAUGUGGUUUUUCGUAGGUGGUCGUCGACUGAUUAUCAUCAGAGUAUCCAUGCUCAAAAAUCUUGUGCGUCGGCAGUGACUUGGAGCGAGUUAGAGAGAGAGAUCAUGAUUUCCAUUUGCCUUCCCUUGGUUCCGAGAAAAAUUCCGGUCUCUCGUUCCCCCGUUGUCGCGUCGCACGGCGGUGGCGCCACCUACAGCACGAGGGCUCAUCGCGGUAAAGGGGUAGGUGUCGUUUGUUCUGCGGUGUCGUGUUUCGCGAUUUAUUGUUUGCGAGUGUUUAUCGCUUGUUCGUCUGCCUGGGUGCCCGCUCGACCUCCGCACGACCCCGUGAUGAGGGCGUGGCAUCUCGCGUCCCAACCCUCGCGUCGCCGCGCUUGUGCCCAUCAGGUGUCGCCACUGUCGCCGCCUCGGGACUGUUCACAUUCCAAGAAGAAGAAAAAAGAAGUCUAUCGUCUAUUUUUGUAAGAUGUUUGUAAACGGCUCUGCCCCCUGUCUGUCUGUCUCUCGCGCGCGCGCGCGCGCGUGUGUGCGGCGCGGCGCGGCAUGACGACGCCUCGCAUAGUUAGCCUGCAGCGUAUAUCUAGUCGUGGACACGUGAAUCUAGAGUGGAGCGCGGUCGUCGAGCGCGGCGACAGACAAACGCUCCUUUCUCAGCUAGUCGGCUUUGUUUAGGUCAGCACGCUGUGGCGCCACCGGUCGCGGCGUGAGCGGCGACAUCUGGUGGUGCGCGGGGGAGGUGCGGUGUAGCUCCCCCUGGAGGAAUCUCAGCGCGUGGCGGCGCCGCCGGUGCCGUGUCCAAUCUAGUGUAGUUAGCAAUAAUCUGUGAUUUUCGUGUGUGUAGCUGAGUUUGUUUUGUCUAGCUACCUCUCGUACUCCGCGUUGUGCGCCCGUCCCCCCCCCCCCCCGGCACUGCGGCGCGCGCACUGUGCUUCACGCCGCCGCCAUGUUUGGGUCGCCGCCAUCUUUGGGCGAAAGUCUUGGUCAACGGAGAUCGGCUGAGUAGUGGUCAGUGUGCAUACUUGCCCGCCGGCCGCACGCGCGCGCGUCGGCGUUGGAGCGCGGCUCGGGUCCCCGGGGCAUCAGAGCGUAUCGGGGGAUCGUGGCGUCGAUCGCGGGGUGGUGGCGCCGGCGGUCGGGAAAACCCCGCCCCGGGCCGCCAUGUUGGUGCGUGGGUCGUGACCUUGCUUAGGUCUCGUCCGCUGUGGCGGCCAUGUUGGUGUGUGGGUCGUGACCUUGCUUAGGUGUCCUUGUCUGCCGCGGCAGCCAUGUUGGUGUGUGCGUCGUGACCUUGCUUAGGUCCUUGUCUGCGGCGGCGGAGGCGGCCAUGUUGGUGUGUGGGUCGUGACCUUGUUUAGGUCUCAUCUGCUGCGGCGGCGGCCAUGUUGCUAUUUAGCAAAGCAGAGUGAAGCAGAACAAUCGUAUGCACAACUUGAUGCAAAGAGACCAAUUGAUAUGUUUCAAAGUUGUGCGCUGUUGAAACAAGUGUUUGCUAGAAGUUAGAAGUCGUUUUGCCGUAACCGUUCCAUGAACAAGACCAAAAAUAUAUUGUGAGCACCUGUUUUCCAUAUUAUUGAUUUCACUUUUUUGUUACUUCAUGUUAGAAAAUUGAAGAAAAUCCACAAAAAAAUGUUUUUAGGUUUUUUGUAUACGAGACUGUACUCGGUGGCUCAUGAAAGAGAGGGAAGGAGGAGUCGGGAGCGAGAGGGAAUGAGUGUACGUCGUUUCCAUUAUAUAAUAUUGCGCUUUCUACUAUAUCCAAACGUAACAGAAACUGGUUUUCUUCUCUAGCCGAUUAGAACACUAUUUUUGUGAUUGACAGAGAGUUUGGUCGUUAAUUUUUUACCUUGGAGCCCUUAGUUUUUCGGAAGGUGGGGAAGAUUUUGCAAGAAAAACCGUGAAAAUGGUCCACUAUUUUCUGUUACACUUGACAUUUGUUUUUUGGAGUAACGUCUGAGUUAUUGUUUUGGUAGCGAUGGUGGUGAUGACUAACGAAGACUCUCGACGCUUACGACGACGACGACGACGACUUAACGAUGAUUAGAGAGAGAGUGUGGAUGUUAUGGCAUGUUUCCUAUCUUUGAUAUUCACACUAUAUAUAUAUAUAUUAUUCUACUUGUUGUGGGUGCCUAUUGCUGGUGGUGGUAAACCUCUACGUGGCAACUAGAUUUUAUGAUGUUUAGAUGUUGAUGGUUACCUAUAAACGCUGUUGUUGCUUGGUCUCGUACUAGUUGCCUGUUUGUCGUGCCAUGUUGACAUGAUAGUGUAGACUGUAUCCGUGCGUUGGGUGUCGGUGAGAGAUGUUCGGGGUUGCAAUAUCGUGACUGUUCAGCUGUUGUUUCGGCGCGCGGCGAGCAGGUGGUGCCACGAGAGGGCGCCGCGGGUCCGCUACCCUGCCGGCGCCGGCUGACUUGUUAAGCGAUUAUUAUUACACUAUUUAUGCAGAGUUUGUCGCGCCUGCGAUGACGCGGUAGCACGCGCGCGGCGGGGCGCCCGCCCCCCACCACCCCCCCUGGCAGGGUCGUCACCUGGCUGAUCGCGGCCGAUGAUGCCGCUGUCACUGUCUCUGUUACAAGGGUUUUGUCGCGAGUAGGCGCGGAAGGGGAGGAGGAAAUCUGGGGGUGGAGGGUGAGAAUCAGGAGGGAGUCGUCCCUACCCCCUCCUCCUCCUCUUCCUCCUCCUCGCCUUCCCCGCUACCGACAGGCAGUCAAGCGGGCAUUUUGUCUUCUCGAUUAGCGGUUACUGCUGGAGACUGCGAAAACGACGCGACUGCUCACUCUCCAAUCGUGCUGGAAUUUUAUACCCGUCUCAUUUUGAAGUUUUCGAUUUAUUAUAGUUAUUAAUAUUGUUAUUUACAACUAAUGAUGUGUGUGAGUUGUUGUUUUAAUUCGGAAGCGGCAGCCCUGCGCACUGUCCACUUGUUUUUUGGCUCGGUGACGACGUGUGUGCGCACUUGUUCGCAUUGGUAGUUCACAUAUCGCCCGCCAGGGGGCCGGUUUCUCAUGGUUGUGCUGUUGUUAAGUGAAGAGACCUGCGUAGUGGCUGAACAUACGGCUGUUGUAGAAGGUACAUUCUGCUGUUGCGCUAGUUAAACGUCUAUUUUACUCUUGUUAGCUAAAUAGUUUUGCUUUUUGCGUUCAAUCAUUAUUAGCGCCCGCGCGUGUAUGUAUGUGUCGCUCUGCGUGCGUGCGUGCGUGUGUGCGUGUGCGAGAGAGAGAGAGUACGUGGGUGUGUGUUACUUUUGGUGCAUGCGCGUGCGCACGCGCAUCUGUGCUCAGUGCUCCAUUUAUUUCAUGCUAUCGUUUCGGUAUAUCUUCCUAUUACGCAGAGGUUUCUUGUUCAGAUUUGCUUAGGAAUGACCUUCAGUUGUCAGAUAAUGACCUUCAGUUGUCAGAUAAUGGGACAACACUCCGUUGUGAUUUCCUGCCACCAGGGGAUACCCUCGCUGUUACUUGUGUUACAAUUUACAGUUUUUAGUAACUUUUGUAGAGUUAAUAUUGUUUGAUAAUUUAAGGCUCUUGUUUUUAUUUAACUCAUUUAAUUUAAUCAUAACCCGUUUGAGUAUUUUGUGGGAAUAAUUUGUAAUGAAGUUGAGUUUAUACAACAAACAUUCCACAGGAGAACUUGUGCAUUUGCCAGAAUGUUGUUUUUUCAUUUUUUAUGUACUUGUACGUUUGUUAGUGUUUUAAUUUCGCACAUGGUGACUAAUGUAUGUGUAUUUCUUCCCCGUUGAAGUUUCUUGCAUGCGUAGUGCAGCAAUACUAGUGCAGAUGUGCCUUGUUCAUGCCACGACCCGGCCCAAGCCGUGGUCUACCGGCUUAUUUUGAGAAAGAGAAAAAGUCCGCGAAGUGCGACCACACUACUACUACUACUAGUACUACUACUACUGCUACUAUUACUGCUACUACUUCUACUAUUAUUACUACUACUAGAUUCAUUCAUACUUACCGUAACAGAACUAUUUCUCGUUGGCAGUUGAUCCGCUUCUUCUGCACAGUGAGUUAUAAUAUAUUUUGUAAAGUGUCUUAUUGUCGUGUAUACGUGUGUAAAAAACGAAGACACCUCCAGUAGCUGUUGCCGUGAGUUGACAAGAGGAGCAGCCGGAGCCGUAAUGCGGGGAGAGACGGAGGGCGAGGCUGACAUAUCUCCGCAGCAGCAGCAGCAGCAGCAGCAGCAACAACAACAGCAGCAGUAGCAGCAUCGUGUGAAGCUGCAGUCUCGUGGUUUAGCAUCGAGUGUGCGUGGCAUUGUUUGCCCGCUGCUGCGCUGCUGUCUGCGUGCCUGCAAAUGCCGGUGUGCUGUCUGCCAGUCUGCCAGUCUGCCUGCCGGUGUGCUGUCUGCCAGUCUGCCUGGCUGCCUGCCGGUGUGCUGUCUGCCUGGCUGCCUCGCUCAUUGUUAUUCGAGCGACGCAUGCCUCUGCUGCACCAGCCGUCUCUCUCUGCCGGAGGGUGACUGCGGCCCCGCAAACACGUUGUUUUGCAGGCUUCUGUCGCCAUGGCAACGGUCUGCCCUGGCUGUGUCUAGCUAUCUCUUCCAACCUGGUGCUCUCUCCCUCAGCAUCGGGUAUUAAAAUCACUCUGUACUGAUUUUUAACUUUGUAAAGGAAAAGACUGUAGUUUUGUUUAUUACUUGAUAGGCUGUUUUAUUAUUGUUACCGUCUUUCAUCGGUUUGUUACAACUUCAGUGACGUAAUAAAUAAAGUGAAUGUUUUGUUUGCUCUAGUAAAUAA